AUGGUGUCGACCCAACGACGGCCAGCGGAGCACUACUUGUUGGCCCUGUUUGUUCUUCUCCUCUGCGGCGGCGCUCUGGCGGCCUCGCCGGCGCGCUACCUCUCCGUCAGCAUCGAUACCGUCAUCAGCUCUAAGGCCCAACUCAACUGCUAUGACCCGGACACUACGAUUCCAGCGUCCUCUGGCAAUAGGCUCGCCAUCCAUCCGGCUUGCUCCGGCGGGUCGGAGAAGGCGUGGCGCCAGCGCGACAUCCUCGUCCACGACAAUGCCCGGCUAAGCACUGUACUCCAGAGGUCGACCUCUUCAGUCAUCACUCCGGUUUCAUUCGCACCGGCUUCAGCACCAGCAGAGGCGCCAUCCGCGACAAUCCCAGAUCGGCCGGGGACCUAUCUGGACACGCUGGAGUUCGUCGUCAUCGUCGGCUUCGGCACCCCUGCUCAGUCCUCCGCUAUCAUCUUCGACACUGGCAGCGACGUGUCGUGGAUCCAGUGCCAGCCCUGCACGGGCCACUGCUACCAGCAGCACGACCCGCUCUUCGACCCCUCCAAGUCCUCAACCUAUAGCGUCGUGCCCUGCGGGACGCCGGCGUGCUCAGUUGCCGGUGGAAACUGCAACGGCACCACCUGCCUCUACACCGUUCACUACGGCGACGGCUCGUCCACCUCCGGCGCGCUCUCUCAGGAGACGCUAACAUUCACCUCCGCGCGCACCUUCUCCGGCUUCACGUUCGGGUGCGGCACUACCAACCUCGGCGACUUCGGUGAAGUCGACGGGCUGCUGGGUCUCGGCCGGGGCCAUUUCUCGUUGCCCUCACAAACCACUUCGUCAUUUGGAGGCUCCUUCUCCUACUGCAUGCCGUCUUUCAACACCACGCCCGGGUACCUCACCAUUGGCUCCACUCCGGUCACCGGCAAGGUCCAGUUCAAGUUCACCAUGAAGGGGAACAAGCCGGCGCCGGCUUUUGACAUCCUCGACACCUGCUAUGACUUCUCCGGCCAGAGCGCCAUCUUCAUACCGGCGGUGUCGCUCAUUUUUAGCGACGGCGGCGUGUUCGACCUCAACUUCUACGGGAUCCUAAUUUUCCCGGACGACACCCAGCCAGCCAUCGGGUGCCUCGCCUUCGUCGGGAACCCCGAUGGUGCGCCCCUCUCCAUCAUCGGCAACACGCAACAGCGGUCGACAGAGGUGAUCUAUGACGUUGGCGCGGAGAGGAUCGGUUUUGUUCCCUUCAGUUGCUGA